AUGUUGUCAGAGGACAGUGGCGGCGAUGCGAGAGACUCAAGAGAUUUUUUUCGUCAGCUGUUUUCUCAAUAUCGCGCUCACCCAAAGCGUGGACGGGAUAAUGUACGUCCUGGAAAUUUUGAGGAGAGACUCAGUCGAUUAGAGGAGCUCGUUGAUAUCCAGUCAAAGACAAUUGCGGAACUGCGGGAGGACAAUACUGACCCAAGGGAGACAUGUCUCAACUCUACACUUGCGUUGGAAUCGCCACAUAUAUCUAAAAGAUACAGUUAUGAACAAGUUGCAUUUUACGCCUACCUCAGCCAGGGUAAAUGCUACAAUGUACAUGAGACGUUCGUUUUCGACAUUGAGGUGCUAGACACCACUAACAGUUACGCCACCCAUGAUGGCAUUUUCAUCGUCCCGACCAAUGGGGUCUAUGCUUUCUCGUUCAAUGUUGUCCCUAAUUUCUGGCAUUGGACUCAGGCUGAGUUGGUGGUAAACGGACAGGUGAAGGCCAGAGUGUUUGGAGACUCUGAUGAAAUUCACGAUAUUCACCCUGCUUCAUCCACGGUCGUCCUUGCACUACAGAGCAAUGAUCAUGUUUACGUUAGACUUGGGCAUCAGUCGCAAUGUAACAUUGUCAGUAGUGAAGACUUUCAAUGGACGUACUUCGCCGGAUGGCUGCUUUUCUAG